UUCUAUGAUGGUGAAAGUGGCACUGGUUAUUUAGCAUGGAGGCUCAAAACAAUCCAGAGGAGCAAUGCUACAUCAGCGACCAGAACUUCUCCUCGUCAGACUGGUGGAGGGCCGAAAGCUAAGAGAGAUGCAUUAAGAAGUCCUGAGAUGACCCUGACUGAAGAGCAAUCCAAGGAGGCCAUGUCAUUCAUGAAGUAUUCUUCUGAUGAGGCCACUAUCAAGCAAAAUAUGAAGAUUACAUUUGAAUAUCGUCGUCAGAUCGUCCUCGAUGAAGAGAAAUCCUCAGACGUCCUGACUGAAUUUCCACGGUUCCGAGACGUCAAAGGCCUGGUUGAGCAAGACUUCAUCUUGCAGUUUGGAGAAGAUGUGGCUGCAAAGUUUUUGGAAAGGUGGCCUAAUACAUUCAAACAAAAGAUCAUCCAGCAGAGCAAGGCUCUCCCUACAACAAGUGAACUUGAGGAACUGAUUUAUUGUGCAGAAGCUACCUCAAAUGAAAGGGAAGGGGAUGAGGCCUCUCUUGGCUCUGGAUGGGACAGUGAUCUUUCCUCAAUUAUCCUCCUCCUCCACCUGAUUCCUCCAUCAGCCCAAGGCCGAAAAAGACCUGGCAAGGUGUCAGCAACCCAGGCUGAAAAACAUCUGGUUGUGUUCAUGAAGAGUGGAACGAGCGUCCAGGAACACGUUGAUGCCAUCACCAGCUCCACUCAGCCCUAUCUUCUUGCCAGUGGGAUGAAUAGGGCCACCAUCCAUGAGUUCUUCAUCGUGAUUGACAAGCAGGCCAUACCAUGCAGGUCAACCAGUUCUCUUGGAGCUUUCGACGAACUCUUUAAGACACACUUUGUGUUUGGUAUCAUGUACAAUCAGAUGCUCCAAAACAUGUACACCUUUGUACAGACCACUGUGUUUAACAUAGACGUAGGCAAAGUCCGGGAGAGCCCUCGUGUCGCAGAGAUUCGCGCUAGACUGCUACAGUAGUUUGUGUAUAAAUUAACUCAGAAUGGGGAUGAUUUGUUUUGUUUGCCGGACACAUUUUGUGAGUGUCAUCAUGCUGAUCAGGCAUAUAAGAUUGAUUCAUGGUUUAUGUUCAGGAAAGUCACUGCGCUUAAAAUGCGCUCAAGUAAGAUGUUGUCAUGUUUUUGGAACCUUUUCUGGUUUCAGAAAACACUUAAACUCAAAACAUGCUAAGGAAAUUGAGCCUGAAGUUGAAAUGGAUGAUAUUAUUUACAGUGAUGAUGUUGCAAUUAAUGCUCCGUCACAACAUUUUGAAGUAUCAGCUAGUGGCUCUCAAGUCGUGCCAGUAUCCAACGUGAGUAUUCAUGAUAUGUGUGCCUCUGCUAUU